CUGGUCUCACAAACCGGAUCCAGUUUCAGUUUCAACCUCCUGCUUCUGUGAAAACCUGCAGUCCGUCUCAGUCCUGAUCAGUCCAGGACCGGACCGGCUGCAGGUCCACAGGCUCAUCCAGAACCAGCAGAGACCGUUAUGAUCCAGAGGGACUGCAGACUGGACUACAUCCAGCUGCUCCAGAACCAGGUCCACAACAAUCCAGAUACGUUACUGGAUGUGAGGAAGGAGGAGGAGUCAGACCAGGCUCCGCCCCCCAACAAGCUCCUCCCCUAUCUCUGCUCCAUCCCCAGCAGAGCCUUGGUGUCCCCGAGUCUGGGAGGGACCCCGGUCACCCCUCAGCUGACCGAGAACUUGAGGAAGAUCCUGUUUGGUGGAACCUUUCAUGUCUUCAGCUACGAGUGGAGGAGGUCUUUGUUCCAGUUCAGAGACCCGGACUCGGAGAUGGCCUACAGUCUGGAGACGGACCAGGGCGGGGCUCGGCCCGUUCAGACGGUGGUCCAGGCUCGGAUCAUCAAACACCUGCUGUUCAGUCGACAGACCGGCGCUGAAGGACGGACGACGGUCCACAGUCUUCGUGACGUCAGUCGGCGAGACCAGGAGAGGGCGCUGGCGGCGGCAUUGACCGAUAGCCUCUGGUUGGCCGGUCAGGAGAUCAGCGCUACCGUUACCUUGGUAACCGUUGACUACUGCAUCCCCCCUCCACUGGACUACAAACUGGACAACUUCACAGAGAAGCUGCAGCUUUUCACCUUCAACGACAAAGACGACGUCCAGACGUUCAUCCUGCGACACAUUCACUGUUUCACGGAGGAGGGAAGUCACGGCGUCGUCCUGUUCCUGUACAGCCUCAUCUGCUCCAGAACUGUGGAAAGACUGAGGGACGACCUGGACUCGCCAACCUCUCACCUGUUGCACCUCAGAUGGGAAACCUUCGUCUGUCGCCAGGCUUUGCUGAACCUGCUGUUGACGGGUCGAGCCAGUCCCAAUGUCUUCAAUGGGACCGUCCACCUGGAUGAGGACGGGCGGCCUCUGCAGCACCCCCUGCAGGGCGUCCUGAACCGCUGCGACGUCGGGUUUCUGACCUGGAGUCGGGAGCAGAUGGAGCGCGACCGGCUGCCUCAGGUGGGCAGCAUGUUGAAGACGCCCCGGUUCCCGGUCUGGGUCUGCUCCAUUAACGGCAGCUACUCUGUUCUGUUCAGUCCAAACCGGUCACUGCUGUCGGACUGGAAGACGGAGCAUCUGUUCCACCUGUACCUGUGCACCGGGCAGAACUCGCAGAAAACCACCACCAGACUGACUGUUGAUACCCAUUCUCACCACUGGGAGGCCAACUCGGACCCAGACCCAGAGAAGAGGUUCCCGUCUCUGGAAAUGACCAUCAGGACCAAAUGGGACGGAGCUGCCAUCGACUGGAACGGAACCACACCUUUCUACUGAUCACCUGACAGGAAGUGGGCCGGCCAGGUUCUGUUCUGGAGCUUCGGUCCAGAUGAACGUCUCCUAGGGAUAUUUCCAUGUUCUGGUCCAGAUUAAUUGGAUUAAUUGUUGACUUUUAUUCAUUUUCUUUCAUAUUUCUUCAUCAUUUUUAAUUCAAAUGUUUGUUCAUUUCUUUCAGUGGUUUUGAUGGUGGUCCAUCAGUUUGUCUGAACCAGAGCCAUCAGUUUUUCAUAAUUUAUUUUAUUAAAUAAAUUCUCUGAUAAAUAAUGUUGACUCUGGUUCUGGUUCAAUGGUUUUGUGUUGAGGGUUUUUUAAUGUGGGUUUGUAGGUGUUGCAGGUCUGGUCUGUUCUAGUCUGGUCCACUUCCUGUGUCCAGUACUUCCUGUUUGAUUUUGGGUUCAGCUCCAGGUCCUUUUCUGCAUCUGGACCUGGUUGAUUAAUCCAAAUCUGGUUCAUCUACGUCCAACCUCCUUCAGGGUCUUCGUCUUCAGAUUCCUGGAGGAUGUUGGAGGGACAUGUCCACAUUUGUGCCUUAGACAUUCAGACUGGACCGGGAAUGAUCUGAACCUGCACACGAAUCCAUGAACGUCAUUAAAUGACAGCUCAGACUGAGACCGAUGAGUCCAGAUGGACAGAACCAGGGUCAACAUUAACGUCAUUCAGUCCAAGAUAAACAAGAAUAAAAGCAACAAAACAUCUAAAAGUUUAUCUGGAUGAAGACGAUCAGUGAGAAAAAUAAACAUCAGUAAAAAUAGAACAAAUCUGUCUUUUAUUG